UUCCGCCAUGAGCUCCCUCGCCUGUCUCCUCGUGCUGGCUACCGUGGUUACCAUGGCAACAGCUCAAGGAGGAUACGGGCAGAUCAUUCCCAUCGUGAGGGACGACCGGACGCAGAAUCCUUACGGGGAAAGCAGGUUCGAGUUCGAGGCGGGGAAUGGCAUCGUGCGCUACGAGACCGGCAGCGAGAAGGACGGGCACGUGCAGGAGGGAGGCUGGAGAUACCAGUCGCCCGAGGGCAUCCCCGUGGAGAUCACCUUCGUGGCCGACCAGGGGGGGUACCAACCCCAGGGGGAUCUUCUCCCCGUGCCCCCCCCUCUCCCAUACGAAAGGACUCAGAACUUCGGCGGCGGCGGAGGAUAUGCCUGAGGGAGGAGGCGCCCCACCAUCUACUUAUUUUCUAUUACACUUCUUUAUUAUUUACUUAUGUUUCCGGUGAAGAUUCUCUCUGACUUAAAAAAAGAAAAAGAAAAAAAAAAAAGAAGUGAAUCAACCACAAUUCUUUCGAAGAGAGAAAAAACUUAAGAGCAUCUAUAACAUUACCAUUUACAUUUUUUCGCCAGUCUUUAGAAACUGUAAGUAGAUGACGGGGAUAUCUUUUACCCUGUCCCUUUUUCUUUUUUAUUCAUCGUUCGGUUGUUUUUGCUUAUUACAUUCCGGCCCAGGAACUAUGCGUAGAUUUUAUGGAUUUUUCCUUUUUUUUAUUGUUCAAUUUCACUUCCGUUACACAUUGAUUUUUUUGCAUUUGUUGACUUGUACUACACGGAAAUUUGUGUUCUGUAUUGCAGUUUGUUGUUUGUCUUUAUGUCUGUAAGAGGAGAGAGUUGUCCUAAUAAAUAUAUAAUGCAG